GCUUGUGCAGUCAUAAAAACAACUUACAUUUAGUUUUAGCAAGACAAAUUUUAUGUUUAACGUAGCAAAAUGGAAAAUCCAAUAGCAAAAGUUAGUGAUAAACAUCUAAGCGAGCAUUCGAGUGCAGCUUCCCUAGUGCUGAGCCCAACGGCUGUGGAUAUUUCGUUGCCAACUGCAGAAUCCACAAGCUUCAGUCGCAUGCACAAUGAUUCAAGAAUUCCCAGAGCUAUACAAGAUUCGCAACAAUCAGGAAUAAAAACACUAAGCGAUAUAUUUAAAAGAGUUUCGACUAGCAGCACCUGCAUUAAGGGCAACGAGACGCACUCGGAGCUAAACAAGGCAUGGAGUCAAGAACGCACGAGCUCUAAAACUGCUAUAAUGAAAUCGCCUGAGUAUGUGGAGUGGAACAAUGCGUCGGCUACUAAUCUAACGUCAUCAGAAUUCGCGCUGAGCGAAGCGUCCACAUCGUCGUCUUCGCUAACAAGCAAUGAAGAGUUGGAAGAGUCUACAAAUAUCAGAAGCAAUAAUUCACAAUCAGAGAGCCUCUUGCCCGAUAGCGCUACCUUGGAGCCAAACUUCAACGAGGAACAUAAUCUAUUUGAACAUAUAGAUCUCAGCAAAGAAAUUGAAUGCUGCCAGGCAUAUCCCGAAUAUCCUAGCAUUAUACCCAAGCUAGAGUUUUAUUUGCGCGAUAAAAAUACUUGCGAUUUAAUUGUGCUUAUAGGCGAACAUAAAUUCUAUUGCCAGCUGUGCGUUUUACAGUUAUAUUCACCCUACUUUCAACGCUGUUCAAUACCCGCUGAUUGCAACUUGCGUUUGCCAGAGCAGCAGAUAAAGCCGCGCAUAUUCCCAUUGAUCUACAACUGGAUGUUGCAGGAUACAGCAGACGUGAGGCCCAAGCAGCUGCAAAAUCGCUUGUUACUGGAUUUUUAUAAAGCAGCAGAGUUUUUAGAAAUUAAAACGCUGCUGGACGAUAUAUGGCAAGCUAUAGGCAUUAUGGAUAUGUCAGAGACUGAAGCUUAUGCUAUGCUGGCUACGGUCAGAGCGUUGGAGCUGCUGAACUUUGAAGUUGCCAUCUUUGCUAGAAUCAGUCGCUUUUUUCUGGUGCUGGUUGCAGCGCAGCAGUUUAUGGAAUUGAGCCUGCAGGAUGUUUGUCGUUUGCUCAACAGCUCCAGCGUGGGUGUCAAUAGCGAAAUGGAGAUUUUUUAUUCCGCGCUGCGUUGGCUGAGCCAUGAGUGGCCCACACGGCAAGCGCAUGUCACGCAGCUAAUGUCCUGCGUACGCUUUGGUCUACUGCCGCCGCUUUUUCUACGCUCCCUGCAAAGUAAACAGAGUACGCAGGUGCUGCACUGCAUCACACAAUGUCCGCUGGUGUUGGAGCAAAUAGAAAAGGCUUUUAUCUACGCCUCCACGGAGUUGUACAACUCUGGUCCCGAUCAAUUUUUUGGUUUUGAUGUGCCCGACUUUGAGGUGCCAGAGCCACGCAGUUGGAUCUUUGACAAGCGUUGUGCACAUCAUCAUGAUCAGCAUAAGACUUUUACCUAUCAACAAUUUCUUAGCUAUUUGCAGUCGUUGCCUAAGCGUGGCAUAAACUGUUGGCAGUCUUUUAAAUAUUUAAAAGAAAGCAUUCAUUGCUGCACUGCCUCAGCAGGCACUAAAUAAAUUUAUCGAUAACAU